AUGGAAUCUAAUUUCUCCAUAUACACAACAUAUUUGACUUUGGAAACACUGGACAUUCCUACUUCUAACACUUUGCCAGCAUUCAUAUUUGGAACCCUUACAUAUUGUGCAGUUUUGGUUUUCAAUAUGACUGUAUUGCUAACAAUUGCUUUGAACAGGAAACUCCAUAAGCCUAUGUAUGUUCUACUGUUUAACUUGCCAAUCAAUGAUAUGGUGGGUGCCUCAGCCUUUUUCCCUCAGCUGGUAUCUAGUAUUCUGUCACAGAGUAGAUCCAUCACUUACUCUGCUUGUUUUGUGCAAGCUUUACUAACACAUGUGUAUGGAGCUGGAGCAUUUCUCAUUCUCAGUGCUAUGGCUUAUGACAGAUACAUUGCCAUUUGUUGUCCAUUGAAAUACAACACAUUUAUGUCUCCAAACAACCUGAUGAAAAUGAUAAUUAUAAUGUGGACCUUGCAUUUUAUUAUGAUUGGUUUACUACUUGCAGUGAACUACCGCACAGAGAUUUGUAGCACAAAAAUAGUGGACAUUUUCUGCAAUAAUCCAUCUUUAAUGAAGCUUGUGUGUGGGGAUAUAACCGCAAGUAACUACUAUGGACUGUUUAUAAUGACUUUUUAUGAUGGUCUGUCUCUGCUGAUAGUGGCAUUCACAUACAUCCAAAUCUUAAUCACAGUUGUGGUUAAAAGACAGUCUGAUGCCAAAAGUAAAGCACUUCAGACCUGUGGUACACAUUUAAUCGUUUUCUUAUGUUAUGAAUUCAGUGCAUGCUUUGCCUUGAUAGCUCAUAGAAUUGAGUCAGCACCCCAAAACUUACGAAGGGCCUUAGGUGCUUCUGUCAUGAUAUUUCCUCCAAUACUUAAUCCGCUAAUAUAUGGCCUGAAAACAAAAGAAAUUCGACAGAAUAUUAUUUUCUUUAACCAUAAAAAGAUCUUUCCAACAAAACAGAACAACAAACUCAAUCAGGGGAAAAGACAACCGCAUUAA